GAACCACGCCCCUUAAAUGUCGGACCGCUUUUCAUUAGCUUCAUGUGUCGUUCCUUCUGUAUUUCCAUGGCGAAACUCUAGAAGGUUCUUUCCUCUAACUUCUCGGGGUUCCGAAAUCAAUCCAGGACAGCGAAGCUAGGUUGAGAUCAGUAGAAAUCGAGGCAUAGCCUUUGGAAACCAAGCCAUAUUCUUUGCUUAUUGGGCCUUAGGGCUGCUGUUUGCUUUCGUUCAUCUUCAUGGCGGAGCAUUUAGCUUCUAUCUUCGGCACAGAAAAGGACAGAGUGAAUUGCCCCUUUUAUUUCAAGAUUGGUGCAUGCCGCCAUGGUGAUAGAUGCUCUCGUAUUCACAACCGGCCCACCAUUUCCCCAACUCUCCUUCUAGCAAACAUGUACCAACGGCCUGACAUGAUCACCCCUGGUGUUGAUCCCCAAGGACAGCCCAUCGACCCUCGGAAGAUCCAGGAACACUUUGAAGACUUCUAUGAGGACAUCUUUGAGGAGCUCAACAAAUUCGGUGAGAUAGAGAGUUUGAACAUCUGUGACAACCUUGCGGAUCACAUGGUUGGUAACGUAUACGUCCAGUUCAAGGAGGAAGACCAAGCAGCUGCAGCUUUGGGGGCACUGCAGGGGCGCUUCUAUUCUGGUCGCCCAAUCAUUGUUGAUUUCUCUCCGGUGACUGAUUUCCGUGAAGCAACUUGCCGGCAGUUUGAGGAGAACAGCUGCAAUAGAGGGGGAUACUGUAAUUUCAUGCAUGUGAAGCAGAUUUCAAGGGAUUUGAGGAGGAAGCUCUUUGGAAGGUAUCGUCAGUCAAGGGGGAGCCGGAGUCGAAGCCGAAGUCCAAGUCCAUACUCCCGUAAGGAAUCAGAUAGGCGUGAAGACUACCGUGAUCGGUACUACAGGAAUGGUCGCCAGAGUGCGGACAGGUAUGGAAGAUACGACAGUGAUGGGGGAAGGCGACGGCAUGGGAGUCAGAGGCGAACCACAAGCCCGGUUAGGGAAGGGAGUGAGGAACGGAGAGCAAGGAUCGAACAAUGGAAUAGGGAGAGGGAAGAGAAUCAGCGGUAACUUCAUUUUGACGGUUGAUCAGUGGCUAUUUCUCUCUACAGAGAAUUCAAUAGGAUAAGGAGGAGCUCUUAUUGUCAUUGUUCGAUAAUUGGUAAUGAGUUGAGGCCUAGCAGUCUUUGUUAUGCUUCUUGAACCUGGACCAAAACUGGAGUCUUUUGGGGUGGUGAAUGAGAAAUAGGUAGCUGUUAUUAGGAUUUGGUUAUUAGAAAUAGUUUGGGAGUGAAAAAUAAGUACUUAGUUUCUAUGUUUUGUGCCUUUUCACCAUUAUAUUAUGCUAGAAUUGAAAGCUUUACGUUCGUUUUCUUUUGUG